GGAACACAAGCCUGGUAUAUAUAGUCCCUUCAAUCCCGUGCCUCCCUGCGCAUUCCCAGUUACUCAGCCACACAGCCCAGAUAAAGACUUGACGCCCAAGCCAAUCGCAAUGGUGGUCAUUACGGACGACAAGUCUAUGCACCGCAACCUGCCCCCGCCGCCCCCGUACUAUGCUGCUGGGCCCGUCAGCCCGCCGCCGUUCCCCAACCACUUCCCGAGGCCGAAGUUGACGCUCGCAACGCUUCCGUCGCACAUCCUGCUGCAGAUCGUGUAUGCGACGUUCCCCAGGACCGCGGACAAAGACGAGGGGAAGCUGGAGAGGCAGCGGAAGACGCUGUACUGGCUGAGCACCAGCCUGCGCCUCGUGAACAGGGCGUUCUACAUCGCAUGCAUGCACGUCCUCCGGUCCACCUACCUCCCCGCCUACGAGUCCCUCAUCCGCCCGCCAUACAGCUCCGACCCCUUUCCCUACACCGCUGCAUCCACCUCUAGCUCCUCCAGCCCCGCGCAGACCCCCGUGAACGCGACCCAGCGCGAAACCGCCGUCCUCGACCAGUUCAUCGCGCUCAAGGUGCGCGAGGACGUCUGGGCGGACGAGUCGGAGCUGCACAUCGAGCGCGAGGACAGCUUCAAGGACCUCUUCGACCUCAUGCAGCCGCGCAGCCGGCUCGAGGACCUCGUGCGGCACUACGGCGUGCGCGACGGCGUCGUGAGCGCCGACGGCGAGAAGGGGAAGGAGAAGGGGCGCGCGGUGCAGCCGCUGCCGUUCGUGGCGCUGUCGGUGUCGUUCUCCACGAGAAAGGCGGGCCUUGUGCUGAAUGCGAGAGGGGGCAAGCGGACGAUUGUGGAGGUGCCGCGGACGAGGGACGAGAAGCUCGAGGUCGCGGCGAAGAGGCUCGUCAGGGAGCUGCGAAUUUGGUUGGAGGGGUAUUCGAGGUGAUGACGCGCCCGGUGAGAAGUUACUUGAACGAAUGUAUACUAGAGUGCUAUAGGCGUACUAUACUCUGCCUUGUUUCCCUAAUUUAUUUGGAGGACAUUAUAAAGAUGUACUCUGCGUGAUGCGUC